GUGAGUAUAAGUUUUGGAAUAAAUAAACAAUUUAAAUUCCAAAUCUCAAGUCGUCCGAUUCGAAAAAAAGGUUUUUAGACUUUGAUUUUAUAAAAAAAUGGUGUCACUUAGCCCUACCGACAUUCGUGAAUUGGUAUUAAAUGUUCAGUCGCCCAUUGUUUUGAAGAAUUUGAAGAUUCCUUGGAAAUGUUUUGACCUGUCCUUACAGGAUUGGUGUUCAUUAUUGGAGAAUCACAUGAACAAGAAACAUUGUAAAAUAAAUUUUGAAGUUGGCAGAAGGAAGCAUACACAUUUUCCUCAAUGGGAGAGAUUUAGGGAUGAAAAGGAAUUGCAUAUUUCAGAGUUUCUAGAAGAAAAUUCAGAUUUUCUUUCAGAAAAUUGGGCUUGUCUGAGUUAUAGAAACAUAGAAGAAUUACCAGAUAUUUUACGUGACGAUAUUAAAUUUACCUGCUUUGGAUUCCCUGAGAUUGAUGAUAAUGAUACCACGUUUUGGUUAAAUACAAAAGAUUGUAAUACAUCAUGCCAUUAUGAUACAUAUGGUUGUAAUGUGGUUGUACAAGUGUUUGGAAGAAAAUCGUGGUUACUAUUUCCACCAACUUCUGUAUUUGAUCCCAUACGUAUUCCAUACGAAGAGUCUAGUGUUUAUUGUUCUACAAAUUUUUAUAGUCCAAAUGACUUACGUCAAUUUAAAGAAAUCAAAGAUAAAUGCCAUAGAUGUGUUUUGGAGCCUGGUGAUAUACUUAUAGUUCCUAAAAACUGGUGGCAUUAUGUUGAAAGUUUAGAGACAUCAUUAAGUUUCAAUCAUUGGAUUCCUUUAGAAUCUGAUAUCGAAUCUCAACUGGAUGAGUGCCUAGUAAAAUACAUAAUUGAAAAGUUCUUGGUGGCUGAAGAUGAAACCAAUAUUAGGAAUUUUUUAAAUCCCAAUCAGUUAAUAAGUUUCCUUGAAGAUGCAGAAAUCUUACAAAUAUUGGAAAAAUUAUGUGACGAAAAUUUACACAACAAUGAAGAGAAUGAAAUUGCUAGUAUAAAGAAACCCAAAACAUUGCGAUAUCCUUAUAUGUACUUAACAGAAGCUGAAACAGAAAACAUAAUAAAAAAUUUAAAGUGUGAUCACUACUAUGUAAAAACUGUUCUAAAUCACGAAUUUUUAGAGUUAAUGCGAAACAAUUCUUUAAGAUACGAUAAAACUUUGGAAGAAAAAAUUGAUAAAAGCUCAGAAGCAAAGUUAAAAGAAAUAUUAAUUAAUUCCAUUUGUCAUCCAAAUAUGAUAAGUAACAUUAGAAAAUUAUUAUUAGAAAAUUAUAAAAAAGAUAACAAGUAAAUGUUCAAAAAUUAGUUAAUAUAAUCUUUUUUGAAAGUGGAAUUAGUUUUCAUAUAUGUAUGUAUGUAAUUUUUUAAUUGCGUAUACGUUCUUGUACUAUUCUAUGAUAA